GUUCUCCCCUCCCUCCUCUCCUCAAUGUACGGAUCUCCGAGCUCUCCCAUUACAAAAAAUUGAUCCCCUUCCCCCCCCCCUCCUCCUCCUCCUCCUCCUCUCACUAUCUCUCUACUGGACUGGAUCUCAGUAACCAUGUCUCCUUUGAUCUUGUAUCAUCUUAUUUUCCUAUCCUAUCUCUCGGCGGCGGUGCCGCAGCAGCAGCCAUAUCCGAACCGAUGCGGGGAGCGGUGCGGCGGCGUCGUCCUCCCCUUCCCCUUCCACCUCAACUCCUCCUGCGGGCCCGCCGUCGACGCCUUCCGGCUCUCCUGCCGCCCCCCCGACUCCGGCCUGCUCUACCUCUCCCUCGCCCCCUCCGCCGAUCUCCGCGUCCUCGGUUUCCUCCCCUCCGGCUCCCUCCUCCUCGACUACUCCUCCCUCGUCAACUCCUCUUCCCCAUGCGACCGCUGGUACGCGGAUGUCGGCAAAUUCCCCGCCCUCGGCCGGAGCCCUUUCUUCGCGGUCACCGCCGGGAACGUCCUCCGGCUGUACGACUGCGAGGACUCGUCGAUAUGCCGGGAGGGGUGCGAGGCGAUCGGCGGCGGGGCGUGCGGCGGGAGCAACCGCACGGACUUCGGGUGCUGCUACCCGCUGUCGGACGGGAGCGCGUGGAAGGCAGGGGACGGGUUCUCGGCGUUCGCGGAGUUCGGCUGCCGCGGCUUCUCGAGCUGGUUUGUGAACCGGUCGGCGGCCGUGAGGGGGAUCGAGGUGGAGUGGGCGGUGCCGAGGGGGUCCGGAGGCGGUGCCGUCGACUGCGCGGAGGGGGCCGUCGUCGUGAACGCCACGGCGGUGCACGGCGGGGUGAGGUGCGCGUGCGGCGCGGGGUACGUCGGCGAUGGGUUCGCCCAGGGAGCCGGAUGCUUUAAAGAUUGCAGCGGUGACGGGCAAGUAACUGAUAGUAGAGACUGCUGUAAGGGAAGAUUUUGCACAAAGAGAGCUGCUGCUCUCGCUGGAGUAUCUGUCUCAGCAUUCUUCUUAGCUGCUGCGGUUGUAUUCUGCUUCCUCCUAAGGCAGCCUGUGAAGGAUACCAAAUGGGAUUUCGACCCGGCUUGCCUUCCGAAGAUACUCGGGAAGGCAUGCAACACGCGGCAGUUCACAUACGAGGAGCUAAACGAAGCCACGAAAGGGUUCGAAGAUCAGAAACUCGUCGACUUUGUUGACAGAUCAGUCCACACCGGAGUACUCUACGACGGGUCUGUAGUGGCAGUGCAAAAAGUGAACUGCGAGACACAAGAACACCUUAGACAGGUUCUUGAGAGAGUAGAGAUUCUCUCCCAAAUUUCACACAGAAAUAUAGCUCGAAUCAUCGGAUUCUGCUUCGACUCGAACAACGUGCUACUUCUAGUACAUGAACACUUCUCAAACGGGACACUCCGUGAACAUAUAAGGCGAGAAAGAGGCAACAGUCUUAGCUGGUACCUUAGAGUUAAUGUUGCUUCAGAAGUUGCAGGUGCUCUUGCUUAUCUUCAGUCCCAGGUUGCUAUUCCCAUCAACCUUAAUGACCUAAAGUCAAGUGAGAUCCUUGUUGAUGUCCAAUAUGCUGCUAAGAUUGCUGGGUAUAAGCUGAUCACGUCUCAAUUUGCGAAUGGCUCCUGCUCAUAUACUGUCCCUUGUGAUUCAGAUGUAGUGCGCAAUUUUGGUCGGCUUCUAAUGGAAUUGAUUACGGGAUCGGAGCACGAGCAUACUCUGGAGAUGGUUUCAUCCAAGGUGAAAGAUGGAAAGGUUCAUGAGAUUGUGGAUUCAUCUCUAAUACACGGCGAGCGCCAGCUGGUCGAAAAUGAAGUAGAGAGAGUGGCGAGCUUGGCUGCUCGAUGCUUAUCGAGAAGGGAAAAUGGCGGGCCUUGUAUGUUUGAGGUCGCGAAGGAGCUCCUGGGAAUUGGUAAAGAGAACAUAGGCAGCAGUAGCAGGAUAGAAAUCACACUCGAGGAAACUUUUUCAAACUCAAGCCUUCUUCAGAUGAUAUCGAUGUCGCCCGAGUCCAUGCGUAUCCAAUGAUCCGGUCAGAGAAUGAAGUCAGAGAAUGAAAGGUUCCUUGCCUCGUGAUAUCUAGACCAAUCUUUGUUUUGACUGGAAUAGUAAUGAGCUAAUGAUGUAGAGUCUAUGCUGCUUGCUUAACUGAUAAAUGAAAUGAAUGUCUGUCUUGUACAUUUAAGUCGCAAACUUAUUAUGGCAAGAACUCAUUUCAAUUGCCAUUUAAAAUCAUUUACUCAUUUGGCUGAAAUUGCCUUCUGAAAACAUUAAUCCUGCAAAUUUACUUUUUCUCAGUUGUGAUGCAAUGUUGGAUUAGGGAAUCCACUAGUUCCAUGCUGAAUUUUUAUCUGAAAUCGAAGGCA